UUGCAGCCUGCCCUCUCGCUGGGCUCCACGCUCCUCCGCGUUCGGGCGUAUAAAAGCGGCGCGCGGCGGCUCGCGGAGCGCACAAGAGCGAGUUGGGCGAGCGAAGCAGCGAGUUCCGACGCCUUUGGUUUAUUUGGGUGCGCGCCAACACGCUCCACGAGGUGCGCAUGAGCGAGGCUGCAGGUGAGAGCUUUUUUUUUUUUUUUUUUUUUUUUCUUCUUCUCUCGCCAUGGAGCUGAGGAGCGCGUGUCGGGUGCUCCUCUUCCCGGUCCAAAUGCUCUUGUGCGCGCUCCGCUCGGCGCUGUCGUGGCUGACGCCGAGCGGACGCAAGCAGCUGGGCGACGAGGUGGUGCUGAUCACCGGAGGGGGACGCGGCAUCGGACGCCACCUGGCCAAGGAGUUUGCCAAGCAGGGCGCUCGGAAGGUGAUCCUGUGGGGCCGCACGGAGAAGUGCCUCAAAGAGACGGCCGAAGAGAUCUCCCUGGCGGGAACGGAGUGCCACUACUUCCUGUGCGACGUGGCCAAUCGGGAGGAGGUUUACAAGCAAGCCAAGGUCGUUCGAGAAAAGGUGGGAGAUGUUACGAUAUUAGUGAACAACGCGGCUGUGGUUCACGGCAAGAGCCUGAUGGACAGCGACGACGAUGCCCUACUGAAAUCGCAGCACAUCAACACCAUGGGACAGUUUUGGACCACAAAGGCCUUUCUGCCUCGGAUGCUGGAGCUUCAGCACGGCCACGUCGUGUGCAUCAACUCCAUCCUGUCCCAGUCGCCGAUCCCUGGGGCCAUUGACUACUGCACAUCCAAGGCCUCGUCUCUGGCCUUCAUGGAGAGCUUGACGCUGGGCCUGCUGGACUGUCCCGGCGUUGGCUGCACCACGGUCCUCCCCUUUCACACCAACACCGAAAUGUUCCAGGGCAUGAGAGUCAGAUUCCCUCAGCUGUUUCCACCUCUCAAGCCCGAGGUGGUCGCCCAAAAGACUGUGGAUGCGGUCCGAGCGGAUGUGGCUUUUCUCUACCUGCCUUGGACCAUGCACGCGCUUGUCGUUCUUAAAAGCUUCAUGCCGCAAGUUGCACUUGAAGAAAUCCACAAGUUUACGGGGAGUUAUACCUGCAUGAACACAUUCAAAGGACGGACAUGAGCUUCGGCCGCCCUCGCCACCUCCGAGAAUUAAAAUAGGGGACAAUGGACCUACAUGUACUUGGAGUUGGGGAAGACGUCAUCGCCGAGGGGAUAUUUGCAAGGUUUUUGCAUCUGCAGGGUGAAAUAAUUGUGAUAAAGGACUGAGUGUUCACCCUGUUUGAAUGUCAGGGAAUGCGUUUCUGCACAUGUGUUUGUAUAUACUGUACAGAGAUGCUUUCUCAGAAGCCAUGUAUAGGUUUGUACCUGUGACACUUGUUUUAGUCAGAUUUUUUUUUUUUUUUAACUUGUUUUUAUUUUUAUUUGCAUAAAAUCACGACAAUAAAAUGCAGUUCAAGAGA